ACCUAACCUCCAGUCGGUAUCCACUAGUCUAAACUGCAGGGACAUAAUGUGCUGAACAUAGUCGAACCUAGCCAGGUCCAUCCAUACCAGCUUUCGCCCAAAGCUAUCUCGAUUAGCCACAUUGGGCGAAGCAUUUGCGCCAUGCCAUGGGGUGUACCUACAACUACUGUAGCUAAGGUGCACACUGCAGUCGGUAGUCGGUACAGUACCGUAUGCGCCACAUGCCCACUCUCGGCAUACGUUGUUUGAGUUUCACUAGCAUCCAUCUCGUCACAUUCGCAUUCAAUUACACGCGCACAACAUCACGAGCACGGUGGUACAGCUUAACCCUCGAGCCUCUUUGGCAAUGGCCGGCCGCGUCUUGAUCUUUGCUGGCGCGCCUGAGAGCCACGCGCUUGACUGGCGGUCCUCUGGGCUCCUGGCCGACUUUGAAGACAGCGUUGCUCCAUUCGCUGGUGUCAAGAAGGCCGUGUCCCUGACAUCACUGAAUCCUACAAUUGCUGCUGCUGCUACUGCUGGCCCUGGCGCUUCAGAGGCGGAGGCGGAGGCGGAGGCAGAGCCGGCGGGGGUGGAGACGGAGACGGAGACGGAGACGGAGACGGAGACGAGCUCUUUAGCCGUUCCAAAACAUGCCAUGUGGAGGUCUCUCCCUCUGGAGCAGGCCAGAUACCCUACAGAUACAGCCAUGACUGCGGUUACAGCUUCAUCUACAUUUGUUGUUCCAGACCAAAUGGCAACGGCACACCUGUCCUCGGACGUGUCCCAGCUCAUCUCCGAGCCAACUGGUGGUGGUCGAGGCCUUGAUGGGCUGGAACCCCAGUUCUUCACCACCACGUCUCUGUCCCUGGCAGCGGUCGACUUGCCAGAAAGGGGCAGUGGCGGACCGGUUCAAAAUCAGGCAGCAGCAGCGCAUCAAGAGGAGGUAAUCUCCCAGUUCUAUGAGCGCUCGAUGGCGAUCUACGAGCUCAACGAACAACGGUUAGCUCCCUCUCAGUUUAGCACUACGGGCGGCUCCUUUGCCGACUCCCAGACCGCUUCAACCUCGUCGUUUACCCAUGCAAAUGACACAACGUCGUUCCUGGGCGCCGACGGGAGCGGCAACGGUGCGGAGGCUAUGCUCGUGAGGGAGCCAUUAUCGUUCCGCGGAAGUUCCCACAUGAGCGAUCUCAAGGACAUCCCAUCAGCUGCCUACCUCGUCAAGAUCUUGCCCCAGACAAUGUCGUGCAACCUCAUCGUAGGCAUCAUCUCUAUCUCGCAGCCGCGCAUGGUGAAGACGCGGUGGGGGUCCAUAAAGUACCUCGUUGAGGUCCUCGUCGGCGACGAGACACGGGCUGGUUUCGCCAUCACCUUUUGGCUGACGUCCGACACUGUCGCCCAGAGCGUGUUGGCGGGCUUGCGUCCGCUGGACGUGGUGCUGCUGCAAAACGUGGCCCUCAACGUCUUCACGAACCAAGUUUACGGGUCAAGCCUCCGGAAGAAUCUCACAAAAGCUCACCUGCUCUACCGGGCGCAGCUCGAUAGCCAGGACGUCCAGGGGCACUAUGGCCCGUCUGAUUUGACUUCCGGCAAGCCCGCACACCUGCAACUCGAUAAGACGCGGCUCGUUCGCGAUUGGGUGCUUAGGUUUGUUGGUGAUUCAAGAAAUCAUCAGACGAGCGACGGUGGCAGUAACAACACCAGCGCCAGCAAAGCCAGCAAGACAGGCCCCACUCGUCCAAGAUGGCAUCUCCCACCUCUAGACGAUACCCAAUAGUGUCCUCCCGGUUUCUCCCCGACAAACAGGUCUGUCUCCUCGGCAGCAUCUACCUGCCUCUGUGGGAGGGGGAGUGGGGACGGAGCGCUGGGGUGCCCCAGCGGGUGGGUUGAGCCGUGAUGCUUCCGCCCAACUCUGGGGCAUACACCAGUGUCCCGCCGGGUUUAGGACUAACGGCUUGGGAUUGGGGAGGGUCGGGUUUCUCGG